CCUAAUUAAAGCCCAUGUUAUACCAUACCACCAACGGUCUAAUAGAGAAGAGGGAAAGAACAGAUGCUUCUCCGGCGGUUAUUUGUUACUUCCGGCGGCGCCUAGGAAGAUUGACGAUUGGAAACCGGAAACAGGCAAUUUACGUCAACAUUCAAUUGCCUGUGACCACUCAAACGACAUCAUUAAAAUUUAAAUUCUUAUUGUACUGACCAGCCUUUGGCUAUGAAGAUACUCCAAUCCAAUGCUGGUGUACUUACUAACUAUGAAGUUCUUGCGCUCUUUAGAUCCAGAGGGGCCGGGAAAGAUCCUACACGUGUUAUUGCUGCCGUUGCACCAUCUGAAUUCAAGGUUUAUGAUUAUUUAGAACAAACUGUUGCAUCCAAUCAAACAAUAGAAAUCAUCAAUAAGUUCGUGGAAGAUUGUGAAAAAUAUGACCUUGCUAAGGGUGAAAUGCUUAAUAUUGUCAACAUUAGGCCAUCAUCUGCAGUUGAGAUUGACCCGAUCAUACAAGAUUACAACUCGCGCAUGAGAGAUAGAAUCGAUGAGUUUUUCGAGACCAUGGUGCAGGUUUUGCCUCCGCAUCCGUCACAGCCUGAGUCAAACGAGGACAUUGGUGAAACUCCUGAUGAUCUACAAACAGAGCGUGACACAAAAACAAUGCCACAGACCAGUUAACAUGUAGAAUAUAAAGUAAGCUCAUAGUUUGAUUAUAAAGCCAUUUUUUGGCUUUAAUUUCAAUUUUGCUUAAUUCGCCAGAUUUCUUGUUUGUCUGAUGGAAAUUUAUAAUAUGAACAUAUACAUGUGUCCUCCAUAUGCAUGUUUGUGAGCAUAUGGUUUUCUAAUGUUGAAUGGAUGCACAACAGUCACAACAUGAUCUUUGUGCAAACUUAGUCAA